UCCAAGGAAUUGGGAGAAAGGAGAGACCCUUCCUCUUUCCUUGCUUUCUUCGAAACUUUCUCAGACUGUUGUUUCAUUGUCAUUUCCCCACUUCCAUUUCCAUUCCUUCAUGGCCCUUUCAGACAAUUCUCUGAUCCCAAAGUUCCUCUACUCGUCCUCACAACAGAAGAAGAUGGUGGCGAACUCUGCCAUCCCCGUGGCGGCAUCUUCGCCGCCACCUUCGAAUUCAAACUUCAUGAUUCCAGCUCCGAGCGAGCCUGGCAAAAUCCAGAUGUUCUCGCCGGCCUACUAUGCAGCUUGCACCGUUGGUGGAAGCCUCUGUUGUGGCCUCACUCACAUGGGCAUUACACCUCUUGACGUUCUCAAAUGUAAUAUGCAGAUUGACCCUGUGAAGUACAAGAACAUAUCCUCUGGAUUUGGAGUUUUGCUUAAGGAGCAAGGACUUAGGGGCUUUUUCCGGGGAUGGGCACCUACAUAUCUGGGUUACAGCGCACAAGGUGCCUUGAAAUAUGGAUUCUAUGAGUACUUUAAGAAAUACUAUUCUGAUAUUGCUGGCCCGGAAUAUGCAACCAAGUACAAGACCUUAAUCUACCUUGCUGGUUCUGCAUCUUCCGAGUUAAUUGCUGAUGUUGCUCUUUGCCCCUUUGAGGCCGUCAAGAUCAGAGUUCAAACUCAACCUGGUUUUGCUAGAGGCCUUGCUGAUGGGUUACCCAAAUUGGUUAAAUCUGAAGGAGUCUCAGGGCUGUACAAGGGAAUUGUGCCUUUGUGGGGAAGACAGGUUCCAUAUACAAUGAUGAAGUUUGCUUCUUAUGAGAACAUUGUUGAGAUGAUCUAUAAGCAUGCUAUUCCCACACCAAAAGAUGAAUGCAGUAACACUUUGCAACUUGGUGUGAGUUUUGCUGGUGGAUAUAUAGCUGGUAUAUUAUGUGCAGUUGUGUCUCAUCCUGCUGAUAACAUUGUCUCUUUCCUUAACAAUUCCAAAGGGGCAACAAUUGGUGAUGCUGUAAAGAAUCUUGGAUUGUGGGGUCUAUUUACCCGUGGUCUCCCUCUACGUAUUUUCAUGAUUGGAACUCUCACUGGAACUCAAUGGGGAAUUUAUGAUUCAUUCAAAGUUUUUGUGGGGCUGCCAACCACUGGUGGUGUUGCUCCUGCUGCUGUUCCUGCUCACGCUUCAGCUACUUAAGCUUGCAAAGGUGUAAAAUGUCCAAGGAAGCAAGAUGAACACUUAAUUGUUUGUUUCAGGAACUAAGAAAACCAGAAAAUGAGGACCGUGAUUAAACAGAGGAAUGGUGAAGUUGCUUGAGUGAGAAUUUUGAAUAAUCUAAAUAGUUAUUAUUAUUUUUUUCUAUUUUUUUUUUUUGUUAUAGGUAGGUUUUUUUCUCCUUUACAUGGCUCCCAGAGCAUGGGAGGGAAAACGAAAAAAAAAAAAAAAAAAAAACUAAUUAUUUUUUUGUAAUAAUAUAUACUGAAAAUAUAAAGUAAUUGCCAUAAAAAAAUAUUUAUAUAUCAAAGUAC